AUGACGGACACUGAGGACAUUGGGGAGAUGGAGGAGGAGGAGUUUGAAGAGUAUGUUGUUGAGGAGUAUUCCACCUCGGAGACUAUCACUUCAACCACUACUACAAGUGCGGGUGAGACUGCGCAGUCUGGACUGGGCACCAGGAAAGUGCGGAAGAAGGUCAAGGUGGAUACUUCCAAGUUCAUGACUCCGUACCUGGCCCACAGCCAGAAGAUGCUGGAUCAGUACAGUCACAACAAGUACAGACAUGCGUAUGAUGUGUCUAGAGGAACUCCGCCCGCUGUCACCACGGACUCGCCUGAGAUGAUCCGCAUCAGGAAGGCCCAGGCGCAGCUCAGCGAGGUCAAAUACCGGAUGGAGGGAAACAAGGUUCGGACAACGAGUUUGUACGACGGUGAAGCUCGAGAGGUCGCCCACGUGAAGCGCGUCUCCGAGCUCAUCAGCAAGGUCUUGUACAGGCAGAAGUGGGACGAGACCAAGGACCGGUACCUGCUGCCUCCCGAUGCCCCUGAACUGGUUCUGGCCGUAAAGAACGCUGCUAACUACAGCAAAAAACUGUACGCUGAGGACUGGAACGAAGAGAAGACCAUGUUCUACCCGUACAGUGACAGCCCCGAGCUCCGCAGAGUGGCCAAGGCCCAGGAGGUCCUCAGCGACGUCCUUUAUAAGAAGGGUCACGAUCAACGCAAGGCCAAGUACACCUCGCUCGCCGACCCUCCUGAAAUGGAACUGGCCAGAAAGGCGGCGGACCAACGCAGUGAUCUCAAGUACAAGGAGGACUACAAUAAGAACGUGAGGGGACAGUGGUGCGAGACGCCGUACUUCGACGUGGCCACCGCCCGAGUCGCCAUGGAGAACCUCAGCCAGAAAAGAUACACGCAGGACUUUGAGAACGAAAAAGACCAAAUAUACUUCAUGCAAACCGACACGCCGCUCUACGACACGCAGAAGAAGUCUCGCAUCACGGCCAGCGAGGUCCAGUAUAAGAAGGACUACGAGAAGACGAAAAUGAAGUGCGGCUACAACACGCUCCCCGCCACAGAAAACCCACUGCUACGACAGCUACGCUACGCCGGCACCAUCCUCAGUGACAAAGUGUACAAAGCCAACUAUGAAAGCUCCAGAGGUUCCAGCAUCAACUACUGCGACACGCCCAAGUUCCAGAUGGAUUCAGUUCUGAAGAAGUUCACAGACGCGCAUUACAAAGACAAGUACGAAAACGAAGUGAAGGGACACUACCUCGGCAGCUACGAGGACGUGUACAUGCUGCACUGCCAGAAAGUCGAGGAGUACAAGAAAGAUCAACUGUACAAAGCUGAUUAUGAAGACAUUAAGACCAGAUGUUUCUACCCACAAACCAUCACUCCGGAGUAUGAGGUCACCAAGAAGCGCCACGACUGCACCGAUAAAGUUUACCGCCAACACCCGGACACAGUGAAGUUCACACAGGUCACAGAUUCUCCCGUGAUGCUGCAAGCGCUUCUCAACGGCAAAAACCUGAGCGACCUGAACUACAAGAAACAGUACGAGGAGAUGAAGUUCAAGAACAGCCUUCCUCCAGACUACCCCUUCUUCAUCCAGUCCAGAGUCAACGCCUACAACCUCAGCGAUAACUGCUACAAAUACGACUGGGAAAAGUCUAAAGCCAAGAAGUUUGAAGUUAAGGGCGACGCCAUCUCGAUCCUGGCCGCUCGCGCUCACACCAACAUCGCCAGUGAUGUUAAAUACAAGAAGGAGUAUGAGAAGAAUAGAGGACACAUGAUUGGAGCUCUGAGCAUCAAAGACGACCCCAAACUGGUGCAUUCUCUUCAUUUGGCAAAGAUUCAGAGCCAUAAAGAGUACAUCAAGGACUAUGAAAAGAUCAAGACCAAAUACCACAGCCCUCUGGACAUGAUCUCUCUGACCACCGCCAAGAAGUCCCAGGCCAUCGCCAGCAUGGCCGGGUACCGCAAGAUCAGCUCAAACUACUUCAUGCCCUACGACAGCAUCCUGCUCGACCUCGCCAAGAAGGCCAACAUCAUCCAGAGCAACAACGACUACAAAUCUGACUACAACAACUACGUAAAGGGCUCUCCGUGGGUCACCUUCGGCUCGAUGGAGGUGGAGAAGGUGAAGAAGGCUGGCGAGAUCCUGAACGAGAGAAAGUACAGGCAGCACCCAGACACCAUUCCCUUCACUCCCAUCGACGACCAUCCCAUCAUGAUGCAGGCCAAGGUCAACCAGCUGCAGAGGAGCGAUAUGUUUUACAAGAAAGGCCUGGAGGAGAUCCAUCAGAAAUACUCGCUGCCUCCAGACAUCCCCGAGUUCCUUCAGGCCAAGUGCAACUCCUACAACAUGAGCAACAAAAACUACAAGCAGGCCUGGCUGGAUCACAUCGCUAAAGGCUACGACAUGAGGACUGAUGCUAUCUCUGUUAUUGCUGCUAAAGCUGCUCGUCACGCUGCCAGUGAUGUCCAGUAUAAGAAGGCGUACGUCAAAUCCAAGGGGAAAAUGGUCGGGUGCCGCAGCAUCAAGGACGACCCUCUGCUGGUUCACUACAUGGAAGUGGCCAAACACCAGAGCGACAAGAACUACAAGAAGGACUACCACAAGUCCAAGCUGAAGUACCACACUCCGGUCGACAUGAUGAGCCUGGCCCACGCCAAAGCGGCCUCUAAAGCCCAGACCAAUGCCGGGUACAGGAAGAUCCCACACAGCUACUGCCUCCUUCCGGGCGCCAUGAACCUGGAACUGGCUCGUAACAUGAAUUUCAACGCUAGUGAUGUGAAUUACAAAAUGGAGUAUGAGAGCUGUGUGAAGGGCACGGGCUGGGUUCCCAUCGGCUCUCUGGAAGUGGAGAAGGCCAAAGCCGCCGCUAAAGCUCUGGACGAGAGAAGCUACAGACAACCUCCAACCGGCUUCAAGUUCACCAGUGGAAUGGACUCUAUGACCAUGGAACUGGCCAAGACCAACAGCCGCAACAUCAACGAGAAGGACUACAGAGCCAGUGGAGAGAAGUUCAUGCACACGUACCACCUUCCUGCCGACGCCCCUGAGUUCCAGCAGGCCAGAUACAACGCCGUCAACGUCAGCAAAAACUACUACACCUACGCUCACAGACGAGACCUGCUCAAGGGACACCACAUGAAGGAGGACUCCAUUCCCGUGGUGGCUGCGAAGCUGUCCACCCGCAUUGCCAGCGACUACAAGUACAAGCUGGAGUUCCAGAAAGCCAAGGGACACCAUGUGGGCAUCCGCAACAUCAAGGACGACCCUCUGCUGGUUCACUACAUGGAAGUGGCCAAACACCAGAGCGAAAAGAACUACAAGAAGGACUACCACAAGUCCAAGCUGAAGUACCACUCCCCGGUCGACAUGAUGAGCCUGGUCCACGCCAAAGCGGCCUCUAAAGCCCAGACCAUGGCCGGGUACAGGAAGAUCCCACACAGCUACUGCCUCAUGCCCGACAACAUGGGAAUGCAGCUCUGCCGAACCAUGAUGGAUAUCCAGAGUGAUAACAAUUACAAGUCUGAGUACAACAACUACAGCAGAGGCACCGGGUGGAUUCCCAUCGGCUCCAUUCCGGUGGAGUUGGCGAAGACCGCUACGUCUGCCCUGGACGACAAAGGCUACCGUCAACACCCCAGCAGCUUCAAGUUCACCAGCAAAACCGACGCUAUGCACAUGGCCCUGGCUCUGGCCAACACCAAGAUCAUGGAUAAUGCGACUUACCGAGCUAACGGCGAGAAGUUUGUGCACACAUACAACCUCCCUGCAGACAGCCCAGGGUUCCUCCAGGCUAAGUUCAACGCCCAGACCCUGAGCGAGAGUCACUAUAAGCACAAGUGGCUGGAGACCAUCGCUAAAGGCUACGACAUGAGGCCUGAUGCUAUCUCCGUCCUCCACGCCAAGCAGGGAAGACACAUCGCUAGUGACGUCCAGUAUAAGAAAGAGUUUGUCAAAUCCAAGGGGAAAAUGGUGGGGUGCCGCAGCAUAAAGGACGACCCUCUGCUGGUUCACUACAUGGAAGUGGCCAAACACCAGAGCGAAAAGAACUACAAGAAGGACUACAACAAGUCCAAGCUAAAGUACCACUCCCCGGUCGACAUGAUGAGCCUGGUCCACGCCAAAGAGGCCUCUAAAGCCCAGACCAUGAUCGGCUACAAGAAGAUCCCACACAGCUUCUUCCUGUUGCCCGACAAUCUGCACCUGCGCCUUUGCCGUACGAUGAACACCCAGGCUAGUGAUACUGAGUACAAAUCUGAAUACAACAACUACGUGAGGGGAGCCGGCUGGGUUCCCAUCGGCUCGAUCCCGGUAGAGACGGCGAGAGUCGGUGGAGAGAUUCUGAGCGAGAGGAAAUACCGCACUCAUCCUUCCAUCUUCAAAUCCCAAAAACUCAUGGACUCGAUGGACGUCGCUCUGGCCACUGCCAACAACCAGAUCAUGAACAAGCAAGCCUACACAGCCAAAUGGGAGAAGGACAAGACCACAAUCCACGUCAUGCCUGAUGCUAUGGAUGUGGUGCUGGCUAAAGCUAACUCCAUCACCAUGAACCAGAAAUUGUACAAAGCCGGUGUGAUGGAGAUGGCUCUCAAAGGACACAACAUGAAAGCUGAUGCUAUCCCAAUUCUUGCUGCUAAGAGUGGAACCAUUAUCGCCAGCGACUACAAGUACAAGCUGGCGUUCCAGAAAGCCAAGGGACACCAUGUGGGCAUCCGCAACAUCAAGGACGACCCUCUGCUGGUUCACUACAUGGAAGUGGCCAAACACCAGAGCGAAAAGAACUACAAGAAGGACUACCACAAGUCCAAGCUGAAGUACCACUCCCCGGUCGACAUGAUGAGCCUGGCCCACGCUAGAGCCGCCUCAAAAGCCCAAACUAAUGCUGGAUACAAGCAGAUCUCUCACAGCAACCUCCUGAUGCCCGAUGCUAUGAAUUUGGUGUUGGCACGGUCCAUGAACACCAUCUGCAGCGAUGUUGAGUACAAAUCUGAAUACAACAACUACGUGAGGGGAGCCGGCUGGGUUCCCAUCGGCUCGAUCCCGGUAGAGACGGCGAGAGUCGGUGGAGAGAUUCUGAGCGAGAGGAAAUACCGCACUCAUCCUUCCAUCUUCAAAUCCAAAAAACUCAUGGACUCGAUGGACGUCGCUCUGGCCACUGCCAACAACCAGAUUAUGAACAAGCAAGCCUACACAGCCAAAUGGGAGAAGGACAAGACCACAAUCCACGUCAUGCCUGAUGCUAUGGAUGUGGUGCUGGCUAAAGCUAACUCCAUCACCAUGAACCAGAGCUUAUACAAAGCCGGAGUGAUGCAAAUGGCUCUCAAAGGACACAACAUGAAAGCCGAUGCUAUCCCAAUCGUAGCUGCUAAGAGUGGAACCAUUAUUGCCAGCGACUACAAGUACAAGCUGGCGUUCCAGAAAGCCAAGGGACACCAUGUGGGCAUCCGCAACAUCAAGGACGACCCUCUGCUGGUUCACUACAUGGAAGUGGCCAAACACCAGAGCGAAAAGAACUACAAGAAGGACUACCACAAGUCCAAGCUGAAGUACCACUCCCCGGUCGACAUGAUGAGCCUGGUCCACGCUAGAGCUGCCUCAAAAGCCCAGACCAAUGCUGGAUACAAGAAGAUCUCUCACAGCAACCUCCUCCUCCCUGACGCCAUGAACCUGGAACUGGCUCGUAAGAUGCAGUUCAUUGCCAGUGAUAAUCAGUACAAGAGUGAGUACGAGAGCUGCUUCAAAGGCCUGGGAUGGGUGCCCAUUGGGUCCGUGGCCGUGGAGUUGGCCAAACUGGCGGCUCAGAGUUUACGCGAGAGGGGUUACCGCCAACACCCAAGCCAGUUCAAGUUCACCAAAGACAUGCAGUCUAUGGAUGUGGCUCUGGCAACUCUCAACAACCAGAUUAUGAACAAGCAAGCCUACACUAAAGCCUGGGAGAAGGACAAGACAUCUAUACACAUUAUGCCUGAUGCCAUGGACAUUGUUCUGGCUCGUGAUAACAAAAAGAACUUCAGCGAGAAACUGUACACGCUGGACAAUUACUUGGCGAAGAAGAAGGGACACCAUUACCGUGCUGACGCCAUCUCUGUCCAAGCUGCCAAGGCCACCACAGCCAUCGCCAGUGACUACAAGUACAAGGCCGGAUACCGUAAGCAGGUCGGGCAUCACAUCGGAGCUCGCAGCAUCGAGGACGAUCCUCUGCUGAUGCUGGCUCUGAACAACGCCAAAAUUGCCAGUGACGCUCUGUACAAGAAGGACUUCCACAAAUCCAAGACCAAGUUCCAUCUGCCCGUGGACAUGAUCGCCUUCGAACUGGCCAAGAAGAACCAGAUCCAAGUGAACCACGCCAACUACAUCACAAGGCUGCACAACUGGACCUGUCUCCCCGACUCCACCGAUGUGGUCCAGGCCAGAGCUGCCUACGACAUCCAGAGCGACGCUGUGUACAAAGCAGAUCAGAAGUGGCUCAGGGGUAUGGGAUGGGUGCCCAUUGGUUCAAUCGAUGUUGAGAAAGUCAAAUACGCUGGUAAGAUCCUUGACGAGAAGAAUUAUCGCCAGCAUCCAUGCAACUUCAAGUUCACCAGCACUGCCGAAGACAUGCCCAUGGCUUUGGCAAAGGCGAACAACCAAAUCAUGAACAAGAGUGCCUACACAGCCGCCUGGGAGAAGGACAAAACUACUGUCCACAUUAUGCCUGACGCCAUGGAUGUUGUUCUUGCCAAAGCCAACAAAUCCAACUACAGUUUGAAUUCAUACAAGCAGGCUCAUGAAGCGGCUAAGAAGAAGGGUUACGACCUGCGCCAAGAUGCUAUUUCCAUUUUGGCGGCCAGGGCUUCAAGAGACAUUGCCAGUGAUUACAAGUACAAGGCCGGAUACCGCAAGCAGGUCGGCCAUCACAUCGGUGCUCGCAGCAUUGCUGACGAUCCUCUGCUGAUGCUGGCACUGAACAACGCCAAAAUCGCCAGUGACGCUCUGUACAAGAAGGACUUCCACAAAUCCAAGACCAAGUUCCAUCUGCCCGUGGACAUGAUCGCCUUCGAACUGGCCAAGAAGAACCAGAUCCAAGUGAACCACGCCAACUACAUCACAAGGCUGCACAACUGGACCUGUCUCCCCGACUCCAACGAUGUGGUCCAGGCCAGAGCUGCCUACGACAUCCAGAGCGACGCUGUAUACAAGGCUGAUCUGAGGUGGCUCAAGGGAACAGGAUGGGUGCCCAUUGGUUCAGUUGAUGUGGAGAAAGCUAAAUACGCUGGCAAGAUCCUUGAAGAGAGAAGCUAUCGCCAGCACCCAAGCAACUUUAAGUUCAAGAUGACCACAGAAGACAUGCCCAUGGUUCUGGCCAAGGCCAACAACCAGAACAUGAACAAGACCUCCUACGUUGAAGCCUGGAACAAUGAUAAGACCAAAAUCCACGUUAUGCCUGAUGCCAUGGAUAUCCUCCUGGCCAAAGCCAACAAUUAUAACUUCAGCGAGAAAGCGUACAAGCAGGACUACAUGGAUGCCAAGAAGAAGGGCUAUGACUUGCGCCAAGAUGCAAUUUCCGUUUUGGCCGCAAAGUUAGGAAGGGACAUUAUCAGUGAUUACAAGUACAAGACUGGAUACCGUAAGCAGGUCGGACAUCACAUCGGCGCUCGGUGUGUCCAAGACGAUCCUCUGCUGAUGCUGGCUAUAAACAACGCCAAAAUCGCCAGUGACGCUCUGUACAAGAAGGACUUCAACAAAUCCAAGACCAAGUUCCAUCUGCCCGUGGACAUGAUCGCCUUCGAACUGGCCAAGAAGAACCAGAUCCAAGUGAACCACGCCAACUACAUCACAAGGCUGCACAACUGGACCUGUCUCCCCGACUCCACCGAUGUGGUCCAGGCCAGAGCUGCCUACGACAUCCAGAGCGACGCGGUGUACAAGGCGGAUCUGAAGUGGCUCCAGGGUCUGGGAUGGGUGCCCAUUGGGUCAGUUGAUGUUGAGAAAGCUAAAUACGCUGGAAAAAUCCUUGAAGAGAGAAGCUAUCGCCAGCAUCCCAGCAGUUUCAAGUUCAAGCUCACGACUGAAGACAUGCCCAUGGUUUUAGCCAAGGCUAACAACCAGAAUAUGAAUAUGAAAUCAUAUGUUGAAGCUUGGAACAAUGACAAGACAAACAUUCACAUUAUGCCUGAUGCAAUGGAUGUCCUCUUGGCUAAAGCUAACAAUGUCAACUACAGUGAGAAAGCGUACAAGCAGGCGUAUGUGGACGACAAGAAGAAGGGCUACGACCUGCGCCAGGACGCUAUUUCAAUUCUGGCGGCCAAAGCGGGCAGAGAUAUCGUCAGCGAUUACAAGUACAAGACCGGAUACCGUAAGCAGGUGGGUCACCACAUCGGCGCUCGCUGUGUCCAGGACGACCCCCUGAUCAUGCUGGCUCUGAACAACGCCAAAAUCGCCAGUGACGCUCUGUACAAGAAGGAUUUCAAUCAAUCCAAGACCAAGUUCAACCUCCCUGUAGACAUGAUCGCCUUCGAACUGGCCAAGAAGAACCAGAUCCAAGUGAACCACGCCAACUACAUCACAAGGCUGCACAACUGGACCUGUCUCCCCGACUCCACCGAUGUGGUCCAGGCCAGAGCUGCCUACGACAUCCAGAGCGACGCUGUGUACAAAGCUGAUCUGAAAUGGCUGCAAGGUCUCGGCUGGGUGCCCAUAGGUUCUUUGGAUGUGGAGAAAGCCAAGAAAGCUGGCGAGAUUCUGAGUGAGCGAAAGUAUCGUCAGCAUCCAAGUACAGUGCCGUUUAAGAGUCUCACUGACGCCAUGAAUAUGGUCCUUUGCAAGAACAAUGCACAAAUUAUGAACCAGCGCCAGUACGUGGAGGCCUGGGAGAAGGACAAGACAAACUUGCACAUUCUGCCGGACACUCCUGAGAUCGUCCUGUCUCAGCAGAACUGCAUCAACAUGAGCAGGAAACUGUACAGACAAGGAUUUGAGGACACCAUCAAGAAGGGCUACUUCCUGCCUGUGGACGCCAUUUCAGUGAAGGCCGCUAAAGGAGGCAGGGAGAUUAUCAGUGAUUACAAGUACAAGACCGGAUACCGUAAGCAGGUGGGCCACCACAUCGGCGCCCGCUGUGUCCAGGACGACCCCCUAAUCAUGCUGGCUCUGAACUCGGCCAGAAUCGCCAGUGACGCUCUGUACAAGAAGGACUUCAACAAAUCCAAGACCAAGUUCAACCUCCCUGUGGACAUGCUGAACCUGGAACUGGCCAAGAAAUGCCAGAUCCAAGUGAACGACUUCAACUACAGGACGAGGCUGCACAACUGGACCUGUCUGCCCGACUCCAGCGACGUGGUCCAGGCCCGGAAGGCGUACGACCUCCAGAGCGACGCCGUGUACAAGGCAGAUCUGGAGGAGGUGGUGGGUGUGGGAUGGGUGCCUAUCGGAUCGCUGGAUGUGCUGAAAGCCAAGCACGCCGCCAAAAUCCUCAGCGACCGUUUGUACAAGCUGAAACCGGACACUCAGAAAUACACCUCUGACACUCACUCCAUCCCCAUGGUCCUGGCCAAAACCAAUGCAGACAUCAUGAACAAGAAAAGUUAUGUUGCAGCCUGGGAAGCGGACAAGACCAAGACCCACCUCACUCCUGAUCUGCCAGAACUGCUGCUUUCUAAGGCCAAUGCCUACAACAUCAGCAAGAAAAUCUACAGAGAAGCUGUGGACAAGAUGUUCAAAAAGGGCUACGACAUGAAACCUGACGCUAUCUCUGUGAUCGCCGCCAAAAAGGGCAGAGAAAUCAUCAGUGACUACAAGUACAAGACCGGAUACCGUAAGCAGGUGGGCCACCACAUCGGCGCCCGCUGUGUCCAGGACGACCCCCUAAUCAUGCUGGCUCUGAACUCGGCCAGAAUCGCCAGUGACGCUCUGUACAAGAAGGACUUCAACAAAUCCAAGACCAAGUUCAACCUCCCUGUGGACAUGCUGAACCUGGAACUGGCCAAGAAAUGCCAGAUCCAAGUGAACGACUUCAACUACAGGACGAGGCUGCACAACUGGACCUGUCUGCCCGACUCCAGCGACGUGGUCCAGGCCCGGAAGGUCUACGACCUCCAGAGCGACGCUGUGUACAGAGCGGACAUGGAGUGGAUCAGGGGGUGCGGCUGGGUGCCCAUCGGGUCGGUCGACGUGGAAAAGGCGAAGAAAGCCGGAGAGAUCCUGAGCGAAAGAAAGUAUCGCCAACCACCCACUCUCUUCAAAGCCGUCGCCAAGACCACAGACAUGCCCUACGCGCUGGCUAAAGCUAACGCCGAGAUCAUGAACAAGAAAGCCUACGUCGCUGCCUGGGAGAAGGACAAGGUUCACCUGCACAUCCAGCCCGACACUCCAGAGAUUGUCCUGUCCAAGCAGAACAAUAUCAACAUGAGCCUGAAAGGCUACAAGGAAGCCUUCGUUAACAUGAUCAACAAAGGGUACUACCUCCCCAAAGACGCCGUGUCCGUGCUGGCCGCCAGAGCCUCCAGAGACAUCGUCAGUGAUUACAAGUACAAAGCCGGGUUCCGUAAGCAGUGCGGACACCACAUUGGAGCCCUCAGUGUGAAUGACGACCCUAUGUGUCUGCUGGCGGCUAACAACGCUAGGAUCACCAGCGACAACAUCUACAAGAAGGACUUCAACAAAUCCAAGACCAAGUACAACCUCCCUGUGGACCUGCUGUCUCUGGAACUGGCCAAGAAAUGCCAGAUCCAAGUGAACGACUUCAACUACAGAACCAAGCUGCACAACUGGACCUGUCUGCCCGACUCCAGCGACGUGGUCCAGGCCCGGAAGGUUUACGACCUCCAGAGCGACGCUGUGUACAAAGCAGACAUGGAGUGGCUGAGAGGCUGCGGCUGGUCUCCUCAAGACUGCGUUGAUGUCAUCAAAGUGCGACACGCCCAGAAGAUCCUAAACGACCGUCUGUACAAACAGCCCCCGAGCACCGUCAAGUUCACCAGCGUGGUGGACCUGCCCGCCAUCGUGCUGUCCAAGCAGAACGCCGCCAACAUUAGUGAGAAAAAAUACAGAGAGGUUUGGGAUAAGGACAAGCUGACGUAUCACAUGCCGCCAAACGCUCCUGCCUUCGAGCUGUCCAAGGCCAACGCCGUGGCCAUCAGCAACAAACUCUACACAAAAGAGUGGGACAACAGCAAAGCCAAAGGAUACCACAUCAAGCAGGACGCCAUCUCCGUGAUCAAAGCCAAAGCUUCCAGAGACAUCAUCAGUCAAUACAAGUACCUGGCUUCCUACCGUAAGCAGGUCGGACACCACAUCGGAGCCAGAUGCGUAGAGGAGGAUCCCCUGAUCAUGCUGGCGAUGCACGGCAUGAAAAUCGCCAGCGACAACAUCUACAAGAAGGACUUCAACAAAUCCAAGACCAAGUUCAACCUCCCUGUGGACAUGCUGAACCUGGAACUGGCCAAGAAAUGCCAGAUCCAAGUGAACGACUUCAACUACAGAACCAAGCUGCACAACUGGACCUGUCUGCCCGACUCCACUGAUGUGGUCCAGGCCCGGAAGGCGUACGACCUCCAGAGCGACGCCGUGUACAAAGCCGACUUGGAAUGGAUCCGAGGCUGCGGCUGGAUCCCCCACGAGUCUGUGGACGUCAUGAAGGUGAAGCACGCCCAGAAGGUCCUGGCAGAAACCCUGAGCCUGAGUCUAAACCAGACCCUGAGUCUAAACCAGACCCUGAGCCUGAGUCUAAACCAGACCCUGAGUCUAACCCAGACCCUGAGCCUGAGUCUAAACCAGACCCUGAGCCUGAGUCUAAACCAGACCCUGAGCCUGAGUCUAAACCAGACCCUGAGUCUAACCCAGACCCUGAGCCUGAGUCUAAACCAGACCCUGAGCCUGAGUCUAAACCAGACCCUGAGCCUGAGUCUAAACCAGACCCUGAGUCUAACCCAGACCCUGAGCCUGAGUCUAAACCAGACCCUGAGUCUAACCCAGACCCUGAGCCUGAGUCUAAACCAGACCCUGAGCCUGAGUCUAAACCAGACCCUGAGCCUGAGUCUAAACCAGACCCUGAGCCUGAGUCUAAACCAGACCCUGAGCCUGAGUCUAAACCAGACCCUGAGUCUAACCCAGACCCUGAGCCUGAGUCUAAACCAGACCCUGAGCCUGAGUCUAAACCAGACCCUGAGUCUAACCCAGACCCUGAGCCUGAGUCUAAACCAGACCCUGAGCCUGAGUCUAAACCAGACCCUGAGCCUGAGUCUAAACCAGACCCUGAGCCUGAGUCUAAACCAGACCCUGAGCCUGAGUCUAAACCAGACCCUGAGCCUGAGUCUAAACCAGACCCUGAGCCUGAGUCUAAACCAGACCCUGAGUCUAACCCAGACCCUGAGCCUGAGUCUAAACCAGACCCUGAGCCUGAGUCUAAACCAGACCCUGAGUCUAACCCAGACCCUGAGCCUGAGUCUAAACCAGACCCUGAGCCUGAGUCUAAACCAGACCCUGAGCCUGAGUCUAAACCAGACCCUGAGCCUGAGUCUAAACCAGACCCUGAGCCUGAGUCUAAACCAGACCCUGAGUCUAACCCAGACCCUGAGCCUGAGUCUAAACCAGACCCUGAGCCUGAGUCUAAACCAGACCCUGAGCCUGAGUCUAAACCAGACCCUGAGCCUGAGUCUAAACCAGACCCUGAGCCUGAGUCUAAACCCAGACCCUGAGCCUGAGUCUAAACCAGACCCUGAGCCUGAGUCUAAACCAGACCCUGAGCCUGAGUCUAAACCCUGA